AAAUGGCGGCCUUUCAUUGUCUGUCCCUUGCUGUAGCAGUGCUGCUGGAUCAUCUCGUCCUUGGCCGAGCUCAAACGACUCCAACAUCUUCGCCCCUCCAUCUGCCAUCCGAUGGACUCAUGCCGCGGCCGCAGAUGGCCCAGAUGAGUAUGCCGCAGCUGCCGAACGAGACGACAAAGCUGCCAGAUGACCACAAUCAUCAUGAAAACCUUCCAUCUUCAAGUCGGCCGCAGAGGGCCCCGCAACACGAGAAGGGACGGCUGAAUGUGUUUAUUCCAUGGGUGGAGGGCGGCAGGCGCCUUCCGCAGAUGUUCUUCAGCACGCUCGAGUCGGUCCUGUGGCACCAUCCGUCUGCCAGUGUGAGGGUGCUGACGACUGGGAGUGAGGGUGGUCACUUAGAUGGUGCAUUGGAGGCCUACGUGCGCCAUGGGUAUUCGGUGGAGUGGCUGGGCGUUGAUGCGGUCUGGUGGGAUCUGCCCAUUGAGGCGAUGCGUGUGUUGGCCGCGUGGCUGGAGAGGGGGCAGAGGGACCUGGCCACCGGACUGAUGUGCUUCAUCAUGCAGCUGCGACUCGGGGGUACAUGUCAACGACAGGCACACGUGGCUGGUUGGCAUGGCUGUCUUUCUGUGCUCGUUGGUGUGUGGCUUGCAGGUGUGUGUCUGCCACCUCAUGGUGUGCUUCUGAAUGCACUUGACGCCUUCCUCCCCUCCACUCUGUUCGACGGCUCUCUCGGGAGCAACUCCGGCGACGAGAGGUCGGUGACAGUGGUGUUUGAGAUAGCUGACAGGCGGCCAGCCGUUUACUCGAUCGCCACCGAUGGCCUUAAAGCUGCUCACUCACAACGGGUGGGCCAAGCACGGGUCUCAAUUCUGCGCAAAUGGUGGUGUGUGUGUUUGUGCAUUGCAGCCGUUCACGUGUCGGCAUGAGAGCACCCGACUGUGUGUGUCGGACUGCCCGUCUUUCAUACCUGCCAACUCCACAUUCGGCAAACAGGUGUGUUAGUGGAGGGUGGCGGCAUGAUUAGGCAGGCAACAAACACACACCACAUCUGUGUGGUGCGUGGCUCUUGUCGUGUCAGGUGCUGGACCUGAUUGUGUCCCACAGCGAGAUGGCGUCGACAGUCGUGGACUCUCAGUACAUAUCAUUCUUUGGUAAAUAGAACGAACGAACCAACAAGAGAGCGAGAAGCGGUCACAGCUGUUCCAUGACCUGUCUUGACCUCUCAGAUUUGAUCCACACGGUGGCGUACGACGCCUAUCUGCAGACGAGGCGACGCACGGGCGACGGCGGCCUCAAUGGCGAGCUGGUGGUCGGCAUGCCGCCGUCCGUUAUCAUGGAAGACAUAUUCCCGGACUUCCAUGGCUUCGAGGUCGGUCAGUCACACAUCAAAGAAUAACCCGAGCAGCCCAAAAUGGUGUCCUGGGCCUGUGGGGUGGGUGCAGCGGUCCAUGCGGGCCACCUUCUUCAGCCAGUCCUUCCACAGCCAGCUGUACCGUGCCCGCGAGACCUACGAAGCCUCCGACUGGGCCCUCGCCACGACCGCCAAGCUAUGGCUGCCCCUCCCCCCUCACCUCACCCGCACCCCAAUGCCGCGAUCGGUCAUCGACCUGGCCCUCACACACUUCCAGCUGGGCCACGCGCCACACCCCUAUGGCACCAUGAGGGGGCUUGCUGACGGCGAGGGAGACGAAGGGCCGGGCUACCGGCUGGUGACGCACAUGCGGCCCUUUCUGCCGUUCUUUCGGUCGCCAGCGUACAAGACGGAGCACUACAGCAGCUGGCUGCCGGGCGUCUUGGGCGGGGCGAGGGACUUCCGUGCUGUGCGCGUCACGCAGAAGGCCUCGGCCCGUGAUGAAGAGGGCGGCACUUUCCGAGUACAGGUGAAAUGACUGAAUCCGAGCCAGACAGAUAUGUUGCCUGCGUUGCCUUAUGUGUGUGUCAUGGUGCGUUUGUGUUUGGUCAGAUUCGCUCCUGUGUGCCACUUAGAAUGGGCUGCCGCGCCUCUCAGUCACCAUUUGCCGAGUCGGCCACCAGUGAAGACGGGCCGUCGAUGCGAGUGCGAGUGGGGUGGCAUGCUGCCGAACAGAAGGAGUGCGAGAGGGGUCUGCAGCAGCCACUUGGUGGUCGAGCUGCCGGCGGUCGCGAGGACAUCCUCUCCCGCCCGUCUGUGUGCCCCCAUCUAGUCUUCGACCUUGAAGGCACCGAGGCGUCCACCAAUGGGGCCAUGAGCAUGCUAUACUUCACACCUGUGGGCCGGCCAUCUCCCCCCUCACCGCCGAACAACCAGCCACCCCACUGCAUCAACACCACCCUGUCAGGCGACACCGUCAAGCGCGACCCUUGUCCAGUCACCGUCGUCACUGAGGUGCCGGCGCAGCCAUCGCUAUCUCUCACUGAUGUGGCCGAUGGCCGCCUGGCGGCCAAGGGCAAUGGGACCGUCUUGGCUGGCGACGACGGGCUGCUGCAAUGCGAGAUCGACUGGACGUGUAUGCGUGUGGGCGUCAACCCCGCCAUAUUUGGGUGGGUCAAUGUGACCCUGGCUCUUCUGACGCGAGGAAAGGGAGGGAAGGCGCCUGUGGUGUGGCGAGGGAUGAGCCGUGUGCUGCUGGUGGAUGUCGAGGACGUUGUGACGGUGGUGGCGCACUCAGGAGGUCGCUGCUGGAUACUCGACAGGUACUGUACGUGCGUCGGAUUGCGUGUCUCUUGUGUUCGUUCGUUCAUUCGUUCAUGUCACCCUGUGGUCUGUGUGUGCAGGAUGGCUCGAUCCAUCCGUCUGCUGUAUCCUCGUAUGCCGAUUGUGGUCACUUGUGAGAGAGAAGGAGACCUGCAGCAGGCCCAGGCAGAUGAUGGUCCUGAAGGUGGUCUGAUAACGAAGUCGGCCCACAGCAGCAUCCCCAACAUGACGGUGCUGUCGGUGCCCUUCGACUACGGCCUCGCCCGCGCCAAGAACCUGCUGGUCAGCCUCAUCACCACCGAGUUCACCCUGGUGCUCGACGACGACUUCGUGACGUCGCCCCACACGUGUGUCGAGUGCAUGCUUGAAAAGAUGACCAACCAGCUGCACCUGGGGCACCCAUUCGACAUCGUACGCCCCGCCGCCUCAUCGCCCUGCAAACAAACCGACACUGCACAAGACAGACAGCACCUCAUGCAGUCAGCUGGGCGUCUGUGUGCUUCUGUCUGUGUGCUGUGUGUGUGCAGGUUGGCUUCCCCAUUCGCGAGGACGAGGAGGAUUUCGGUGCGUUCCGCGGCCUGCUCAAGGUUGGCCAGGGCGCCGUGUACAUGGAGGCCGGUGCCUGGGCGUCGUACGCGGACGGCUGCCAACGAGUUGACCUGGUGCCAAUGGUGUUCCUCGCGCGCACGCUGCGGCUCCGUGAGGUGCCGCUGCAGGAGGACCUCAAGCUUGGGGAACAUGAGAAAUUCUUCUACAUGGCCAAGCGCAAGGGCCUGCAGGUGGGGAAUAGAAUGUAGCCACUGUCGAAUGCGACAGCGUGUUAGUCGAUCUGUGUCUUUGUGUGUGUGUGUGCGUAUUGGUGUUGGCGGAUGGUGUUCAGGUUGGUGUGUGUUUCGACUCUUCCUUGACGCACCUUCGCCUCAGUCCCGAUGAGAUGACUACACGCUACGCCAACAGGAGGGAACGAUCCGGAAAGUACAUGAGGUCAGUCUGAGUGACACACAAUGGCCAGCCAGCCAUAAUGCGACGCCCUUACCCUCACUCAAUGGACGUGAUGUGCUCCCCUCCCCUCCCCAGGGAGGCCUUGACGGAGUUCUCCGUCACCCGUCUAGCCCACUUCAUGCGGCAGUACGCCCCCUCGUCCUCGCCAAUGGACCACGCCAUGCUCAUAUCCGACGCCAUCCCACCAUGGACCGUCGGCAACCACAACCACCACUGCCAACAAACGGCCUUCUUACUGCCGCCGCCACACGGCUUCUCCCUGCUGCUGCUCGUCAUCGUCAUGACAACACCAGACAGGCGCGGGCGUGACGCCAGGGAUGCGCUGAGGCGGCGAGGCUCGUGGCUGCGGGCCCUUAGUGGUGUGCCGGACAACGGCAUUUCUGCGUACUUUGCGAUGCCGGCGCCAGCUUCAGGCAACCAUUGUGCUGACGGCCUGUCUGAGGGUUGGCGUGAGGUGGUUGGUGAGUAUGAGGAGCAUGGUGAUAUGGUGUGGGUGACACUGCCGCCGACGAUGGCCGAGCCCUUGUCGCAUCUGGACAGGGUGCCUCCCGGAGAGAUGAGGCGGGCGAACAUGGCUUCACAAGACGACCCAGACCAGUACAAGCUGUUCCUGAACGAGCCAAUGAUGAGGGGCCCACUGCAUGGCCAUGGCGUGGCGGCCAACUGCACUGGCUGCACCAACGAGAAGACACCCUGGACGUCUCAGCUUUAUCUCUCUGUUUUGGAGAGUUUCCGGGCGAUGGACAGCAACUGGGUGAUGGUGGUGCGGGACGACGUGUUUGUGGAUCUGAAGCUCUUCACCGACCUGAUGGGCGACAAGGCCAUGCCCUACUGGACAGUCGUCGCACCCCCUGCCGACAAAGGCGCCCCGGCGCCUCGUGGUGCUCGAACAGCUGUGUUGAAGCCCGUUGGGUUGAGGAUUGAUGUGUCGAUGGUGCUCUAUCGGCGAGAGCUGUAUCUGCUGCUGACGAGCCGGCCGUUGGUGGACUCGUUGAGGCAUGAUGAUGGCGGCAGUUUGGAGGGCUCGGUCAAUCGGUGGCUGGACGCGCUGAAUGUGUACUGGACGCCGCUGCCGUCGUUCCAUGUCGGCCGACCGACAGAUGGAUGAUAUGUAUAUGCAUGUCAGUCAGUCAUGUGAUGUGGACAGCUGUGUGUGCAUACUUACUGGGUAGGUGGGUUGUGCAUAGGUAAAAGAUCUGAUAGACUUCAGAUUGGUUCAUGCCAUGGUUUCAG